GCGCAUCAAUCUUUUGGAGCAUUUCCUGUUAUUGGAUAACGAUUGCUUUACAAUUUAGCAAAACAGCUCAAUAAGCACACUUAAUACGUAAUUGUGAUGGACACGACAAGUAUUGAUGAUGUGGAUGAUUGACCUCUACCUUUGGCUUUGACCUUUUGCAUCAGCGUUGUCGUAACUACCACUAACUCUGACAAACUUGACAGUUCCUUAAAGAAUUUGAAGCCAUGGACGAAGAUGAUGAUAUGCACAUUUGUUUGGUCUGUCAGGCGACAGUGGUAGGACUAAUAAAUUACGUCAAUCACAAAAAGUAUGAAUGUCCUGGAAGAAAAAAUGCAGACAAAGGCGUGAAGACGGCCAAACCAGUGCAAGCUGUAUCCCAACCUACAUACACACAAGGGGAGCCAGCUACUCAAUCUUUCAUGCAGUUAUUAUCACCUACUGAUAGUCAGUACUCACAAUCUCCCAUGUUUGCUAGUCACAUAGAUAGUCCAGCACAAAUUACUACCAGUCAACAAUUUGCUCAGUCGCCAUUGCAUACUACUAGCCAAUUGUUUUCUGUGAGCUCUUCUCCAAGCCAUGGAGUAGGUUACACAACUCAAAUCUCAUUUAGCGAUGAAAUUGGCCCUGUGAUGUCAUUACAACAAAAUACUGAUCUUCCGUCACCUCCUGCAUCAGGGAUGAAUCAUAACGAUAAAGUGUCAACAUCCCAGGCUUCAAUCGAAAUUUCACCAAUCCAGACCAACAGGUUAAGCAGCUCACCGUCACAAGGAAGACAGCCACUGACAGUUGACCCCAACGAGCAGUAUUUAACACUUCCAUCAGGAGGUUUUAGUCCAUCUGGAAACGUCAUGAAUCCAAAUGUUGUCAUGAGCCCAGAAGGGUCUGAUUUCUUUUCUUCUUUAGCAUUACAAAAGAAAAGUGAAAAAGUAGAAACACACCAGAAUGAAAACAAGGAUAGUUUGACCGCUGACUUACCAAUAGCUAACAUUCUCAAUAGUUUGGACUUGUAUGAUGAAGAUUUAGAUUUUGUGUUUGCAGACGACAACUUUCUGCAAGAUGCUUUCACUGACGAAUCUGAUGACGACAGUUUUCCUCCACCCAAUCAUACUCAUGGAAAGUGGAAACCAGGAGAGGGGCCGUCACAUCACUCUAAAGUGUUAUGGCAGCCAGGUAGAAGACCAAUGCAUCCAUCAAAAGGGAAAUGGAGGCCUGGUGAAAUGCCUGGAAAGGCAAAAGGCAAGUUAAAGUCUCAUAUCCUGGCAAGACAGCAAGAAAAUGCUAAAGAAGAAGAAGAGAAAAAUCAAACAAGGGUAGCCUAUAAGAAAAGAAAUGAAUAUAAAUGCCAGUAUUGUGACAUAACAUUUUCAAAUCGGUUUGUUUUUUCAAGCCAUUGCCAGAAACCAGAACAUAAGAGAAAUGUUUCAAACUACGAUAGAAUAGAAGAGGCUGUCAAGAGUCUUGAUGUGAUAGAAUGGAAAAAUGAUACCAAUGAAAAUAAUAAAAAAAUUAAACUUGACAACGAAAUAAAAGAAGAAAGAUCGAGUCCGGAUAAUGACAAUAGGGAAGCUUUGGAUGAAAAUAAAUCUGUAGAACUCGAAAAACCAAGUAGUGAAGUAGAAAAGAAGAAACAUGAACCUCCUGUUUAUAUUUGUUCUGUCUGUGACAAAAAGUUCGAUAGCAAGUACACAAUGGCACGUCAUCUUCUGUCGACUUACCACAAAAAUCGUAUAACAGGAAAUCCAGAUACCAUCAAAGUUUUAGAACAAUAUCACAAAUAUAUAGUCUGGCUUAGCCCUUACCAAUGUACAAUUUGUCAGUUUUAUUUCAAUAGGAAUGAUGAUUUCAUGGAACAUUUGAAGUCUGAGGAUCAUAAAUUACAGUGUGAGGGUCUCGAUGGUGAAAUUAUGUGCAGCACUUGUAAAUUUAGUUGCCAUGACAAUGGCUCUUUACUUCGUCAUAUUGAGAAUAAUGGCAUCCAUAAGCAAGCUGCAAAGAAGGGAAAUAAGCCAUGUAUAAUCAAGGAAAAGAAUUAUGAUACUGUUUGUAAAUAUUGCAAGAAGAGAUUGCAUUCUAAAUUACAUAUGAAAAGACACAUGCGUUCCCAACAUUUCAAAGAAUAUGCUGAAUAUGAAUCAACAUGCAAAUUAUGCGACAAAUUUUUCUUCGAUACUUACACAUACAAACGUCACAUGGCCACGGGUCAGCAUAAAUUACGAGCAGAACAAAGACAGGCAUCAGGAAAUGCUGCUAAGGAAGAAAAGCCAGAGGUCUUCAAUGAAGGAGUUAACAGGACCAGAAUUAAUCGGAAAGUUGAAAAGCCGUAUAAAUUGGCGAAAAAGAAUACCAAGAGUAUAAAUAAAAGCUUCAAAUGUGAAUAUUGCGACUUUGUUGCGUCACAGUACAAUGAGCUGAGGCCGCACUACAUGGAAAGCCAUGCAAACCAUGUGUUCGUUUGUGAAUUGUGUGAUUUAACUUUUAUAACGGAGAAAGCACGAAAAGUUCACUUUGCUGGAAUCAAACAUCAAACAAACUUGAGAAAAUCUGAAGGAAAUCCCGAAUCAUUGAUUCUUCAGUGUGAUUAUUGUGAUAGAAGAUUUGAAGAUGAAAAAUUGAAAUUGUUUCAUACAGAAGUUUACCAUUUACAUCCUAAUUCAGAAGAAUCUUUGAAAGACAAACUAGGUCGCGGUGAUGUGACAACUUUGAUGUAUCGUGACUUCCUGUCAACAAUUGAUCAAGUAGAAGAUGAAAGAAUUCAGUGUCUGGAAUGUCCGAAGACCAUUAUGAAGGACUAUAUCCUAGAACAUUUACGAUCACAUUCAGGGGAUAAGCCAUAUAAAUGUCGUUAUUGCAGUUCAGGUUUUGCUGCACCACUUUCUCUUAGAAGACAUUUAAUGUCACAUGUAGGUUUGGCAGACAGAAAAUGUGAAAUUUGUGGUAAAGAGUUCAAGAAAUAUGGUUCUUAUAGAGAACAUAUGACAAAACACUGUCUUGAAGAGAACAACGCUAGCAAACUUAUUUGUGAUGUCUGUGGACAGGAAUUUCUAUUACAAAAACAAUUGACUACACAUAUGAGAAGACACGGAGAGAAGAAAUUCAAGUGUACCUAUGAAGGAUGCCGUUGGGCAUUCUAUUUAUACAAUGAACUUAAAGCUCAUUAUAGGUCACAUACUGGCGAGAGAGCUUAUCUUUGCGACAUUUGUGGAUAUGCUGCUGGAACAAAAAAUCGUCUAAACCGUCACCAUCACACACAUACGGGAGAAAGAGCUCACCACUGUGAAUAUUGUAAUUACAAGGCUGGAACACGAACACAUCUACGAAGACACAUGAGAAUACAUAUAGGUUCUAAACCAUACAAAUGCCCUUAUUGCCCUUAUUCUUGCAAUACACAUGAGAACAUCAGGAAACAUAUAUCCAAAACUAAGAAACAUGCAGGACUGCCAAUCUAUCCCUGUAAAUUUUGUGAUUAUGGCACGAGUAAUACAGUUGAUUUCCGUUUUCACUUGGAGCAGAAACAUAAAGGAGAAUUCAAUUUUAAAGCAAGUGAUGGAUUAGCUAUCAUUGCUGGAUUGUACAAAAAGGAUGAUGAUCCGGCCAAACCUUUAGAAGGAACAGAAAUAUUUCAGGUACGAGAGAGAAAGAUCAAAACUGAAAGGCAGCCUCGUCAAAAACAAAAGAAACAACCUAUCCAUUUUGUGGACACAAAAUAUGAUAUCCCCGAAGAAAACAAGAUUGAAGUAGCUCAGUAUCAGGUGAAUAAUGAAGAUUUCCACAAUCAGACAGAGAUUGUAGAUGUUCAUGUUACACAUGAGCAGUGGCCAGCUUAUACGACACAGGCAAAAAUCACACCAAUUUCAUCAGACAUGCAGUCCUACCAGAAUGUAAUUGAACCAAGUUAUUCUGGACAGAUAUCUUCUGUUGGAUAUUUUAUGCCCGUGACAACUCCCUCAAAUACUGUCACCGUAGAAAGUUCGUUGAUUCCACAACCUCCAGCCUUACAAGUUGAUGUUGUAGCUAAUGGUAUUAAAUUUCACUAUGAUUAAAGAAAGAAAAAAAUUCUAAUAACAGAACAUUCAAGAAAAAAGUGUGGGAUGAAAAAGGAAUAAAAACAGUGAUUUUUUUAAAAUUUUAUAAAUUGAAAAUCACAUGUUUCAUGUAUUUUGGGGUAUCAUUUGUUUUAGCCAGAAAUCAUGUUCAAGUUUGCCUGUAUUUUUUGUUUGUUUGGUUGGUUUUUUGAUGUUUGAUUUUUGACUAUUUUUGUUUAUAAUAUUUUGUUGAUUUUUGUUUUUGUAUUUCAGAACAAGCCCUAGUCCAUGAAAUACAUGUUCAAAUAAUGACGAAAAGUAUUGUCUAUUAUGUUGUUGGUGAUCACCUUAGCAUUGACAGGUUUAAGCAUUUUUUGGAAAAAAUAAAUUGUCACUCAAUUCUAUUACAAUUGGUGCUGUAGUAUAUUAAAGAGAUAAAAUUACUUACCAGUGUAAUCAAAUGAGUAUUUUUAAAAAAGAUUUAAGAAAAUAAGAGAUCAUUUUAUUAUUUAACAAACUGUGAUUAGGUUUAUUAUUUUCUAUUGAAUAUGCAUUUCAUGGAACAGAGGUAAUAUUACAGACUGUUAAACAUACAUGAGGGAAACAUAUUUAUAUCAAGCCUAAGAAAUGAUGGGGACAAAAAAAAUCUCAUUCUUAUUUCAGUACAAUAUUUAUAACGCAUGAUAAUUUUUUUAUCUUAUGCAUGUUUUUUUAAAGAGCCCCUGAGUGAUAGGCAAUGAGAAUUUAGAAAUAGCUCCAAUGGGUAAAACCUGAGUGAAGUCUCUGAUGUAUGUUUGAAUUUAACACUAAACCCAAAAAUCUGAUAUUUUAAUAUUUUUAUAUUGAUUCAUUCACACAAUAUGAAAAAUAAUUUCUUUAUAAUAAAAAAAAAUUGGUGACUACAAUUAUUAAUUAUGCUGGUUAAUAUGCUUGAAAAUUAUAUUUUUGCAAAAUCUUUAUAUUUUUGAUUGAAAGAUGUGAGUUGUAAAUUUAAUUUAUUUUGAAUCAAUUUCAAAGGGCAUUGUAGGCUAGAAAGCAUUUAUUGUGUUUAUAAGGUGCUAUGAUCUAUAAUUAGUAGCUAUAGGUUUAUCCAAGAUAAUAAUUAUCUUUGGUAAAAACUUAAGACAACAAGUAAUGCUAUGUUUGCUUUAUGCAGGUUUCUCACUUAGAUGAGUCUAUUAGACAGACUCUUGAAAGUUCAAAUAGACUUUAUUCUGCUCUGUGUUGAAGGCCUAUAAUGGUUUACUUUUAUAAAUUGUUAUUUAGAUGGAGAGUUUUCUCAUUGGCACUCACACCACAUCUUCCUAUUUCUACUUAUAACUUACUUCAAAGGUAAGUCUAAAAUUCAAACAAUAUAAAAAUAAGGAGAUGUGGUAUGAUUGCCAAUGAGAGAAUUACCCACUACACAUCAAAUUAAGUGGGAUGAAAGCUGUUAUAGGCAACGUCACAAUCUUUGACAAUGACGAAAACUGGUAUAAAGUGUAGUCUGCUAUAAAAGGCCCUAAAAUUAAGGUUUUUUUAGCAUUGUGACUUUGAUCAUGUUGAUAUAAGCUUUGUCAGAACUUAACACUGGUUAUGGCCAGAAAUCCUCCAAACAAAAGUCUUGGUACAAGAACAAAUUGUGGUGAGGUUUAACCAGUUUUAUGGCUGCAAUACACCACAUUUAUUUCAGACCAUAUGUAUUGAAAGUAAAACACACACACAUUAAAGUCUACAUUCCAACUACCAACAGGAUGACCACUGACUCGAUAAAAAACAAAUGGCAGUUCAGAGGCUGAUUAAGAGGGGGGGCCCCCUUUUCUGGGAAAAAAAUGGUUGAUUAUAUAGGGAAUCACUGAAGCAUGACCGGAGUUGGCCCCCUCUUAGGCAGUCAGUGGGCUCCCUCUUAUAAAAAUUCUGGAUCUGCCACUAGACUAGGCACAUACACAUAGUUUAUUGUAGGAUCAAAAUGAGCUAGCUAUGAUGGGAAUGUCUGUUCAUUUAUUUAUCCAUCUACCAACAUUUUGUCUUUGCAAAUUUUAUGGAUGAAACAAAAUAUUUUGCAACUUAUUGCAUUCUGCACAUAUUUUCAUAGUUUUUUCCAAUAAAUGUACAUGCUUCAUACACAUAAAAAAAUAAAAUGAUAUAGAAUGAAAACUUUUUUGCCAUUCUGAUAUUCAGAGUUGCUUGCAUAAAUGAUAUACUAUCAAUGUAAUUCAGUUGAUGGACCAAGUGUUGUUUUUUUUCUAUUUAAUGUAUAUUAAUUUAUAGUUUCAUUUGAAAAGUUUACUUCAUCUGAUUAGUGAAAAUUAUGCUCUUUUGUUAUUAGUUUAGAUUAUUAAUGGAAUCAUGUUAUUGUAAAAGACCUGACUCUUUUAAAGUUGCAAUUUGGUCAAAAACUUUGGUUUAAGUAAACACCAUUCUUGUGUUAAGGUGCAGUGUCCUUUCUUUCCUAUGAUGAGCAACUGUGGUUGAAAAAUAUGAUGCUAUAUUGGCAAAUAAUGUUCUUUUUAAAUGGUAAUUAGCAAAAAAAAACAACUAUUUCCAAACUUUAUUUUCUUAAUGGCAAGCUUAAGGAUACCAUUUAUAUUGGUGAUUUAAUAAACCUGCUGGGCUAUUUUAUAUGAAUGCAUGUAGCAAUUUCUUGCUUCUUGAUAAUGAUAUUGUGUUAUUAUUAUAUGAGUUUAUUAUAAAUGUAUUAUUUUGCUAACAUUUUUUGUGAAUUAUUUGAACACCAUGAGGGCUUUGCGUUUUGUGUAUAGGUGAAAUACAACAUCUACAUCUUGCACAGUGUGCUGCAUUCCAACACUUAGCGUCAAUGUACAAAUCUGUAGACCAUUAAAUAGUCUCCUUGUUAAAACCUGUAAGUUUCUUUUGUUAUCAUGUAUAAAAAUCUCUUAUUAUUAGAAGAUUUAAUUUGAGACCCAUAAAGUACCUCAUUUUUGGGGGAAACUAUGAUUUCUUUAUUUAAGUUUAAAUUAUAAAACCAUAAUAUUAAAUGACAGAAAGAUAUAUA